ACCAUAGAAUCUGUCCACAGAAAGCGUCUGACAAGCCUGAUUCAUCUGUUCAGACAAAAGAUACGAACACGUACAAACCAUUAGCUCUACCAGGGUCGUAGUAGUAGUACAUUCAACACACACAAGGACAGGAACUGAACUCUUUGGAUCUCAAAUUCCAAAACUCCAAAUUAGUUGAAGGUUUCAACUCAGAAGAGACUUGUUCUUUUCCUACAAUAUUAAUUGUUAUUUUAUAUUUUAUAUAAAAAUUUUUAUAUACAAAAAUCAGUGCUGUAUAUGUUGUGUUAUUGCUGUAGGGCAAUAAAACUGCCAACUGUCCAACUCAACACCAACUCCUCUUGUGAAUUAUUCAAGGCAUACCACUCCCCGGACCUAGGUAGAUAUUAGUGUCCCUGUUACUAUCAUUGGUUAGGACUAGAGGCGUUACAAAUCCCAUAUCAGUUGCAGAGAGGGAAACAACCUGUAGGAGGUUGAGAAGUGCAGAGAAAAAUGACAGAAACUGAAGCAGCAUGAGCUCCUUGCUCUCAAAUGGGCUGUAUUGGAGAAAUUUAGAGGUUAUCUGUUGGGGUCCAAGUUCACUGUAGUAACAGAUAACAACCCUCUGUGUCACUUGAACUCAGCAAAGCUAGGAGCCAUUGAACAACACUGGGUAGCCCAGCUAGCUCCAUUUGACUUUGAAGUCCAGUACUGUCCUGGUCGAUGAAACACUGCGACGGACACAUUCUUUAGGCAGCCUUUAGCAGGGGAAUCCCAGCCAAAUGGAGAUGAAGAGUUUGAUGGAUGCUCUCUUGAACAGCUAUACUAGGAAUUCCUGACAGUUUCUCGAAGAGAGUGGUCUCGAUGAUGGCAGUGGAUCUUCUAGACAUCCACAACAUCACACAUAACACUAGUUGACCCACACCUACCACAAGCCAAAUGGCCCAUCCAUUUUAUUUAACAUAUCUUUUAAAUAUAGGGAGGUCACACUCGAGAAUAUUGUUAUUAAGACUUUAAUAAUCAAUACCUGUUUAUAUCUUUGUAUGAUUAUGAACAGUUUUUGUGUUGUGUUUGAAAUAAAACAAUAAGUCUUGCUUCAAUGUGCCUGAUCUAUACUGGUGUACUCUUACGUGCGUUUGUAGGUGUUAGUUCUAUCGUGGUUACAUAAAAACGCUUCCAGGAUUCAUCCAUCCAUACAUGCAUAUGGUAAUACGAGUUGUGUUGCGCAGACAGGGGUCUCUGACCCCGAGGCGUCCAUCAUCUGACCUUUGACCCUGUCUUCACCAAUGAGGAAGUGUGUGAUUACUAUGUGCACAACCACAGUGAGCCCGGAGCCCAAGCUCUUUGUAAAGGAGUAGUAUGCGUGAAGUGAAGUGUUUAUCUUCUGCUGUGGCCUCAGUCAGGCCAGGUCGGACUGGUUCCCAGCUCUGUUUGGAGAAGCCUAGAAAAACAAAGGGCUGAAGCUUGGGUUUUUGGGUUGGGUCGGAGGGCGGGAUGCCUGGGUGACGCUGAGGGCAAGCAGCAAGAUUUAGCUGGAGCGCUAUGUUUCCAGAGUCUUGUCAGGCCCGAGGAGAGGUUCACGCUUCCACUUCCUUACCGGCUUGAAUUUAAAGUAAAGGCAGUGAAUUAGAAACUGAAAGAAAUGGGAGAGAAAGAACGUUGAAGGAAUGUAUAGAACGAAGAGGACGGACCAGAAAUGGGAGGGAAACGGCUGCUCCGGUGAAUAUGCUGAAUAUGUAUGACACAGCUGCCUCUGCUGGUCUAGACUUGGACUCUGAUCUCAUGUAAAAGGGCUUCCCAGGUGUGUGGACCGCUGCAGGGCAGAGGGACCAUGAACAGACACCUGGAGAGGAGAGAGUUGAAGAGAGACCAGUUAAAGAGGUUGUCUCUCGACAGCAGCCUACCGGAAUACAUGGACGCCAACAAAUGCAUCGAUGAGCUUCUCAAACAGCUUGAGGAGGAGCGCCGCAAUGUCCGAAGGGAAAAGCUGGCCGUGGCUCGCCUGCAGAGGGAAGUCGCACGGAGCAAGAGCGAAGGAACAAUGCGAGAAAAGCUGAUCCACGAGCUAGAGGAAGAGCGACGCCUGCGACUGGAGAGCGAGAAGCGUCUCCGGGAAGUGACGGAGGAGUCAGAGCUGGAACGGGCGCAGGUGGUCUCACUGCAGCAGCAAUUCUCCAGGAUGGAAGAGACGGUGCGGUCGCUGCUGCAGAAUCAGGGAGUCCUGGAGCAGACUGCGGUGGACACAGUGGACAUCAUGAAGGCCUACAAGGAUAAACUCUCAGAGGAAGUGCAGAAACAGCACGACGGCCCCGAAGAGAGCGGCUCCCUGCCGGCGACUCAAACGGAGCCAGACCCCGGGCCGCCUGGGCCGGCGAACGCCGAUCCUGAUGCCAGCCAAGCAGAAGAGGACAAAGACAAAACCAAGCUCCUUCUGGAGCGCCUCAAGGCCCUGGAGGAGAAGAAUUCUGCCUUGGCCUUGGAGAACGAGAGCCAGAGGGAGCAGUAUGAACGUUGUCUAGAUGAGGUUGCCAAUCAAGUUGUGCAGGCACUUCUCACCCAGAAGGAUCUGAGAGAGGAAUGUCUGAAGCUGCGAACUCGAGUCUUUGACCUCGAGCAGCAGAAUCGGGCGCUGGGUAUUUUGUUCCAGCAGAGGAUCAAACCCGCCUCGGACUUGCUUCUCCAGAAACUCCACUCUCGAAUCAUGGAUCUGUCUGCGGCAGAUUUGCUUCUGGAGCCGGAGAGAAGCAAGGCCUUCUUGCUUUCCAGGAAUACAGACUCUCCCUCUAAUGAGGUUCAGCUGAAUGGAAAGGCAGGUCUCCCUGUGACCAAGUGUCUGAGCCAGCUGAGUCUGACAGUGCCAGCGCCUGUAUACCCACGCAGCAGCUGUAGCAGUAGUGAGUUGUCCCUGUCAAGUGCAUGCAGUGAAUUCUCCAGCGGCUCGUACACCUGGAAUGAUGGACGCUCCUGUGGGAAAAUGUCAUCUCUGACCUGGGAGAAGAGGCUGAGUUUGGGUUCGUCAGCCCCUAGUAAUAUCUGUGCCCCCCUGGAGGAGCAGCUGCCCACAAGACGCAAGGAGAGCCACAUACUAGAGGGAUUGAGAAAGCUACAAAGGAGGAAACACAGAUCCUUGUCUGCAUCCAAGGUCUCCAAGUCAGGCUCCAAAGACUGCAUGAACUCAAACGAGGGCAUCUACUCCCUGGGUAUCAAGAGUAGCAGUAAAGGGGUGUCCAAACCUACCCACGUGGGUAGAACUUCAGCUGUUGGGGGCAAGAAGUUCUCUUAUGAUUCUGAUGAUGCAGAUGAUGAACUUGCACAUUCAAGUCGUGCAGAUAACAUCCCCACCAAGGACAACUGGUUUUACUGUAAGAGGCUCUCCCACAGCAUCUCAGACAGUUUGUGUAGCUGGGAGGGGAUACAGGACAGUGGAGGUGGAGGUGACAGCAGCUCAGGACCAGUGGCUACAAAACAGCCCUCUGGCUAUGACUCAAAAGAGCGUCCUGAGAAACUCAUGAGUUUCAUUAACAGUUUUCUCCCUGAGGGAGGGCGGCCAUCAGCUUUUAGUAAACCAUCCAUGCUGCAUUUCACCCCUUCUGAUGCAGAGGGUCCCAAUCACCUCUCUGACGUGGAUGAUCCAGAGGAACUCAACUCUGAGUCCAGUGACAUCCGAAUGUCCUUCAGCCAGCCAGCAGAGCAAACAGAGAGGGUGUACAGGGACGCUGCUAGGCUGCUCGCACACCAGUGCGUGCGAAGGGACCAGGGACGCACCCAGUCUGCAGAUGGGAGGCCCAGGCCUUUCAGCCUAAUUAAGGAACCUAAAGGGGCCAAGUGUACUCAGUCUGAGGAGAGCAUCUUGGCGAUAUUUGAUGCAGAGGGAGAGCCUAUUGAACUUUGUGCUCAGAAGCUUGCAGCAGGUGCUGGGUCUCGAAAUGACAUUCCAGGUAGCAAAGUAGUGGCUGAUUACACAGAACUAGUGCCCCAAGAGAGACCGACGAGGCAAAAAUCAACAAAUGUAAGAAACUACACUGUUCUUGAAUCUCCGGAGAAGCCGUCUGAAUAUCAGAUCAGGACUAGCAAAACAAGCAAUAGCAGGGAGGGCAGUGCAGAAAGGUUGUCAAUGCAGUUAACUCCACAAAGGAAACUAAUCAAACCACUGAGCAGCCGAGCUAAUAAAGGCCAUUCCAUCCCUCCCAUGACUGAUACUGCUGGUCCCAAGUCCAGUGGUUCAAAGAUACCCGGUCAUAAUAAAUCUUUGGGAUCCCCGCUGAGACUGUCUAAGGGCUCCACCACUGAACCAAGUAACAGUGGAAACUCAGGACCCUCUAGUCAGGAGAAAUCCCCCUCCUCCCCUACAGUUAAAAUGUCCAGGUUCAUCAAGAGCUCACAGAGCCCAAAGGCGGUAAACUCCAAGGUCCCUAGCAGGCCAGAAUGGAGUAAGGGCUCGUCCUCCAGUUCCCCACACCUCUCAAGGAGGCACCUGGAGUAUACUGACAGUGGCGAGCAGCCAACCAGAGACAAACACUGUGAAACCAUCAAAAAUAAACUCAGGUCCCCUUCUCCUCCCCCUCCCCCGGGCCGCACCACCUCCUUACUGAUCAGACCAAAUUACGAAGGGUCGCCUCAGGCACAUAAAAUAGGGGUGGCUCAACAAUCCACACCAAGCACUGUGAGGGGCCCUCCCCCAAGUUACCACACCUCACUUGUACCAAAUAUGCAAGCUACGCUACCCAUCAAGGAUAAAGACUGUUUAGACCUGGAUGCAGGCUACGGGACUGCACUUGCACCUCAGAAACUGGUUGACAAAACCAGUCAGCACCUUCAAAAGUCCCCCGCCAUGACUCAGACACCUACUAAAGGCACUUCCAAGCGGAUGACCAUGAAAGACUACCUCCCUUCUGCAAACUCAGGGUGUGCUCCAGAACAUGAAAAUGCACCUAAAAGCUCAAAGAAUGUCCCUCCUCCCUACAGUGCCCUCAGAGGGUCCUCACUUCAGAACUCAUUUGCAAGUAAGAGAGGAUCUACCCAUGAAAAUGUCCAUCAGUCGGUGCAGAAGACCUCUGUUGGUUUACCUAUAUCGCUUCAGGACACCCCUCAAGGUAAAACAGAGCCACAAAAUGGCAAAGCUGUAGUCAGCCCACCCAGCUCAGUUAUGCUUUCCCCUAACUCAGUGGAGAAAGCCUCAAAGACUCGCAUCCCAAUGGGGUUUAAAGCAUUUUUAAAAUCUCCCCCCAGCCAUAAAAAUAGUCCCUCUAUACCAGGCAAGCAAGAGAAAGAUCAUAUCAACUUAGUUUCCAAGGAGACUGUGACUUCAAAUGCUUCUACCCAGUGUGACAGCUUGCAGCCUGUGUACAGUAUUGAUUCACCACCUAAGAUGUCCAUUACAGAGGGGGAAGGUGAGGUUCAGUGUAGGUUACUGGAAGAGGAAGUAUGCGCUGCUGUUUUACCAGAGGAGGGGGACGUCUCCGAUAAAGGGAAAAGGAGUAGUCAACUUUUCUCUAGAUCCAUAUCUGUUACUACCAAACCUCAUCUAAAGCCGGCCUUGGGAAUGAAUGGGGCCAAAGCCCGUAGCCAGAGUUUCAGCACCAACUACAUUGAGAAGCCCAACAUCAAUGUUCUGGAUGGACCGGGAAAAAUCAGAACUCAGAUCAUCACUAACUCAGGCGAAAGGGGGAACUCUCUGUCAAGACAGAGUUCCUUGGAAGUGCCCAGUGUUGGGUUGGCAGAGAGCCCUGUCCACUCCCCAAGGUCGAGGCUUAGCCACUAUGGAGGUAUGACAGGGUCCAAUAGUCACAACAUACUCCCUGAAAGAACUUCUAAAUCAAACUCCAGAGGUGAGGGGUCACAGGGCACAGUGAAAGGGGAAGCAGUCACCUCACCCUCUCAAAAAGAGGUGCGUAGCUUACCCAUCACUGAUAGGAUUGGUUUGAAGAACAUCCGUAAGCCAGCAAAAGUUGCCUCUCAUCCACAGUUUCAGCCUCCAUCCUCUUGUGUCUAUAACUCAGAUAACCCAGCGAGAGAGACGGGAGGCAUAGCAACCACCCCUAAUGAGCCAGACUUCAGCAGAGAAGUCAAAACCCAGACAGACUCGCAAAACAAACCCCCAGAUACGGAGGAGAAAAAAAUCAGUCCAACAGCCUGCACUAUUGAAGAGAAAGUCAUGAUGGGAAUUGAAGAAAAUCUGCAGAAAUGUCAAGAGCAGGAGAAGGUCGCUGCCAGUGAGUCCAAACAGAAGACAGGCCCCUCGCUGGCAAACUGGUUCGGCUUCCGUAAAAGCAAACUUCCAGCUCUGACUGGUAAGAAAGCAGACUCCCCCAAGGGAAAAGAGGAGAAGAAAGAGUUAAAGAUUGGAUCAGUGCUUGGAGGCAAACAGAUGAAGUCUGACAAGAAGAAGGAUAAAAAGAAAAAUGAUAUCCCGCAGAAAGACAGUCAGGAGGCGCAGAAUCUGUCUGAGGUGAACAACAAGCUGAGCUCCAUCAUGGACCAUUGCAACAAUCAGAUGGGUCAGAUUACCAGUCAGAUCCAGUGUACGACAGCCUUUAUCGGCAAAGACCAGUUUGUGAACGAGCUUCUUGGCAGGACUGCUGUGAAGGGCAACUUUGUGGCUGCAUCACCGCCUGGGAUCUCUACACCCAAGAAACACAGCGAAAUGAAGGGAGAUAUGGAGAUCUGUCCAGAUACGGCUACCCUUAUAAUGACUCAAAAGAUCAACCUGAGGGCUGAAAAUGAAGAGGGACGCAUCCCAGACACUGCUUGUCAAGACCACAUGUUAGGCUCCGGCUGCCAGAUGAGAACCCUGGACAGCGGGAUCGGCACUUUCCCUCUCCCUGAUUCAGUCACCCGUGCCAGCGGUCGCCACAUCCCUAAAUCUGAAUCCAGCCCCGAUGGGGUGACCGCAAGCACGUCGGAGCUCGAUCGGGAGACUCCCUCUUCUCACCCAGACCCCUCACAAUCCGGUGUGAAAGUGCCUUCCCUCCCAAAAACCUGCCCGCAUGCCCCUACCAGCAUCGGUCACUCCCUUUCCGACCCCACUGUGACCUGCAGCAGCAACACCCAAGACGCCCAGAGCCGCCUGCCCAAGUUAGCAACUUCAGAUGCAAUCAGGACAAAGAGGUUGAGUCUUUGUGCCCCGCGUAGCAACAUCUCAGCUUCCACAGAGGACAAAGAGGACGAAAUGGAAAGGAAGAUGAAAUCCAAGGACCAUGAUAUGGCGGGUGAAAGAGCCCUGCAAGUGUGCACGUACUCGGGAAGCAGCAGCGACACCGAGACUGAACCCGAGGGAACCGGAAGCACUUUGGGCUCGCCACAAAGGACCCUGAUCAACAGAACCAAAAGGAAUGACGCAGUCGACCAGAAUGAGGAGACCCUGAAGAGAAGCAGCGUGGAGAAAUCCUUGUCCAUCAUGGACUACUACCAACACGAUAUGUUCUCUCAUCUGGAGAAGGACAGCAGGAGGAUUUCCCAGUACAACUUGUUGCACAAAGAGUCAUCGCUCGAUGGCAAAGCAGGGGACAGACUCAGUAAGGAGAUCCCCCUGGAGAAGACGCCCGUCUGUACAAACCAGCCGGGCUCUCUCGACUUCUCCUUGGAGUCCCUGAACAAGCUGAAUCACAGCAGCUCCAGCAGUGGCAGCCUCUACCCGGACACGGGAUUAGGCGGCCGCAGAGGCGACUGCCACCCUGAUGCGGGGAAGAGCGGGGAAGACUGCUGCAGGGUGGACGAGCCCUCCUCCUCCAGUUUCUCCAGCAGGCCUGGGGCCGAUCCCGUGGGCUCCCUCAGCGACUCGCUGUACGACAGCUUCUCCUCCUGCACCAGCCAGGGCUCCAACGACGUGUAGGAGCGACGAGUAAGAAGGCAGGGCUGUAGUGACAGAGGCUCGAGUCUGGUUAUAAGUCCACUCUUCCGACGACUUAGACUUGACGUGUUCUUGGCCAAUAUUAUAAAAUGUAAUUUUUUCUCUAGAUGAUUAAGAUUUGAUUGUUUACUUUCAAGCAAUGCAAACAGUUGAGAGGACUUUCUUCUUCAUUCUGAAAUUCCAUGCAUCGAUUGUUUGGAUGUUGAAGGGUACAGUAGGCCUGCAGAAUGCAUUUUUAAGUAAUUUGGAUUUUCGUUGAUCCUUAAGACCCCCCUAAACAUUAGUUUUUGCAUUUGCAAGUAGAAAAUAUUCAGUUUAUUCUCUGUUCUGUUGUUGGCCUUGAAUAAGACUCAUGUUUGUUCUGGCUUUGACCUUCGCAAUCCCUUUUGGACCUGCUUUUGAUUUAAGCUCAACUCUCAUCUCGGAAAUGACUCAGACGUGACUAUCGAGUCUUGACUACAGCCCUGCCGCAACAUGAAGAGCCCUGUACUCUCUCUAUACAACAAGAAGCACUUACUGGAGCUGGAGACACGAGGAUGAAACCUCAACCUGAGCACCAAACCGGGACAAUAAUAGUUUGACUCUGGGUGUGGUGGACUGGACAGCAAUACAUAACAUUGUCUCAUUGCAAUUUGUAGUGAUCUUUUUCCCCAUGCUGGGGAUCUUCUUAUCAUUGCACUGUAACAAAUACUGUACAAAGUUUGUAAGGAGUGUAAAGUGAACGAUUAUUCGAGCAGUGAUAAGCAGGGCGUCUUUUUGGGGCAACGCUGAUGGGCAACAUUGGCGUACAGUUGCUUUGAUUGCAUUGAAUCCAAGGUCUCGUUUCAUGUUUUGCUGCUAAGUGUGUUUUCCAUCAAAUUUGCCCCAAAAAAAUUGCUCAUGUGGAAUCACAAUCCAUAAUAAUACACCUGGUUCAUCUUUGUCUACUUCUUUUUUUGAAGCAAUAUCUUUAAAACCACAUAACAAAUCAAAUCAGGACUUCACCUACUAUUCAUUCUUAAAUAAUUUUAAAGGAAAAACCUUUCGGCAGUUGUCUUCGUGUGUGAGCAGAACAUUGCGGAAAAAAUGUUCUUUCCCAGUUAAUGAAUGACAAAUAUCCUCAUUCAGCUAACUAAACAGAUUUUAGCAUCAGUUUAUCUAAUGAUGUCAACUGAGACAAAGUGUUUCCAUGUGGUACACUCACUCAUAAGACGAUGUUUCAGUGUCUGAAUGGUACCCAGGUACAGCAAACGACCAACUUUUUUUUUUGGCUUCAACGCAUCCAGCAUCGUUGUUGGUAGCUCAGGGAACAUACUGGACUAAUGUAGAUUGUAAGAAUUAAAAUGCAGCCAUCAGAAUAUUUUGUUGACAAAUAAAAAUAACAGUAAUCUUUUUUUCUUUUUUUUUUAAAGCUCCUGAUGCAAAACUCCAGAAUCCAGACAGUCUAUAGUUCGUAUAGUCUCAUCUCGCUUUGCAUACCUGAACUCUCCAAACCUCAGUUUUCCUUUUUUCAUAGUUGUAUAUUAUGUUGUAUAUAAAAAGUGCUAUAAGUUAAUAUCAGAAUGGGCAUUGCUGAUUGAUAUAUGCAAAUGAGAAAAAUAAACAAAAAAAAAAAAGAUGUAAAUUGUUUGCCAAUCAUUCAACCAAGGUUUUAAGUCUACUGUUUGAAAAUGGCAUGUAUCUUUUCUUAUUGAAUUCUUUAGGGGUUCUUGUUUUUUUUUUUAAAUCUUUAUUUUGAUCAAUAAGAGCUAAUGCUAAAAUAUUUUAUCACUUUAUUUUAAAGACAUAUUUGAACUUUAGGUGAAGUUAUGCCAAAUUUCUAUCUGGAAUUUGACCAGCUGGUGCUAAUCAACAGAGCCGACUGUGUGUUUCAAUUUUUCUAUGAAACUGUUAAUAUUGUAUGAAGAGAGUCUGAAGAGGACUUGUGUAUUUUUCUAGAUGUCCAGUAUUUAUACCCACAUUUUGUACUGUCAAGACUGUAGUGUGAUUGUCAUGCUUCACCUCUCUCCUUAAAUGUUCCUGGUUCCUUUGUAAAGAGAAAUGGUUACCAGCAGUGUUACUUUGGUAAUUAUUAUUAAUAUUAUUGUUAUUAUUAUUAUUAAUAUUAUUACUGUGUGCAAUUUUGUCUGUUACACUAGACUUUAAUGCUAUAUUUUAUGUAACUUUCCUAAAUAAAUAUGAGAAACUAUUUCCUAUUUCAAACUGA